CUCUUUCUCACUCAAGCAUCGUCAUCUUCCCUUCUCCACCACCAAACGCAAACAAGGCCAGGGCCAAACUCACCGUCAUCCAUCCAUCAUUUUGUUUGACUCUUCUCUCUUUCCUCUCUUUGUCCUCUUCCUCUUCUUCUUCUUCUUCUUCUUCUUCUUCCUCUUUUCUUUCUUUGCCCUCUUCUGUUCUGUUCUGUUCUGUUUGAGAGCGCGAGCGAGAGAGAGGGAGGGAGACCCACCUCCACCUACCCUUCUCUCCAAUGGCGAUCACCGCCUCCGCCAACCCAUCUUCUUCAUCUCUGCCUUUCUCACCGCUAAACCCACUUCUUCACCAUUCUCCUCCUUCCUCCAUCAGCUUCGCUGUACUCAACCGCCGUGUCACUGCCUCCACCGCCAGCAACAAUAAGCUAAUUCUCCAAUCUCCACUCGCCCUGAAUUCCUUCCGAGCCCGGCGUCUGCCGCCGUUCGUGGCAUCCGCCGGCGGCAGCGGAAAUGGAGGCGGUGAUUACGGCGGGGGCGGGGGCGGGGGUGGUGGAGGAGACGACGAUGACGCGGCAGGGAGAAAUAAGUCGGAGAUAAUUCGAGCUCUGGCCGAGGCCGGGAGGUCUUUGGACAACAUUCCCAAGGACUUGGCGGUGGCGAUGGAGGCCGGGAGGAUACCUGGGUCGAUUGCGGCGAGGUACUUUGAACUCGAGAAGUCGCCGGUGUUCCGGUGGUUGCUGCGUUUCGGAGGGUUUAAGGAACGGUUGCUGGCUGAUGAUCUCUUCUUGACCAAAGUGGCCAUAGAGUGUGGUGUUGGGAUCUUCACUAAGACUGCUGCAGAGCUGGAAAGGCGUAGAGAAAAAUUCACCAAGGAGCUGGAUUUUGUUUUCGCCGAUGUGGUGAUGGCUCUCAUUGCAGAUUUCAUGCUCGUCUGGCUUCCUGCUCCUACUGUUUCUCUUCGGCCAGCUCUAGCAGUCAGUGCUGGACCUGUUGCAAAGUUUUUCUAUGGCUGUCCUGAUAAUGCUUUUCAGGUGGCAUUGGCUGGUACAUCUUAUUCCUUUUUACAGAGAGUAGGAGCCAUUGUGCGUAAUGGGGCCAAGCUAUUUGCAGUUGGAACUGGUGCUUCUUUGGUUGGUACGGGUGUGACAAAUGCCUUGAUCAAUGUUCGAAAGGCUAUUGAUAAAACUUUUGCCGGUGAAGCUGAGGAUGUACCGGUAUUGUCAACCAGUAUUGCCUAUGGUGUCUACAUGGCAGUGUCUAGCAACCUUAGGUACCAAGUUCUAGCCGGAGUUAUUGAACAGCGGAUGUUAGAACCUUUGUUACACCAACAUAAGGUUGUACUCGGUGCAAUGUGCUUUGCUGUUCGUACUGGCAACACAUUCUUGGGGUCCUUGAUGUGGGUGGAUUAUGCACGUUGGGUUGGAGUCCAGAAGAUAAGAGAUUGAAUUGGGCACAAAGACAAGUGGUGCUUGUAUUGAUUCAGUUUUGUACAAAUGAUGAUGGCAACGCUUGGUCUGUGUGGAUGCUUUCCAGUUUUGCUGUCUUUCUAUUUCAUUCAAAGUGUACCUAGAGUUAUAAACCAUUCAUUGCAAUCUAAGGUAAAUGGCAUGUUAUAUUAUCCA